CUUUUAUUUUUCAUUUUCAAAGUUCUGCUAGGCGUCUUCCAAAUUCGUCUACAAUUUUAUAAAAUUUAUUUAAAAAAUUAUUCGUUUUGUAAAAUAAAAAUAUAAAAUAAGUAAAAUGGAUGAUGCAAUGGACAUGUCGCUGGACGACUACAUAAACAGUUUUAAAAAAAUGAAAAAUGAACAACAACCAAAUGCAAAUAAUAUCAAUCGCUCUGAAGAAUCAAAAUUCAAAGAAGGCAGACGCGAACAAAACGAUGAAGAGGCCAAUGACGACCUUCUCGACGAAUUGACCUUGCAAUGCCAAGAAGAUGAUUAUGUUUCAUUGGCACUUGAUAACAAUGGUCUCAAUGAUACUUCGAUAGAAGAAAUCGAAAGAGAACCAGAAGAUUUGCGAAAUAAAAUUGCCGGUCGAUUUCCACAAUCAUCGCAACAAUGGCGACUAAUGCAACCGAAUAUAAUGAAUGUUCGGCCAGCUGGUAUGCCUCCACUAUGUCCAUCAGAUGUUCCUCAUCAAAAUGGCUUGAGUGGAGGAGGAAAUGGUUAUAGGCAUAGAUGGAGGAACCAUCAUAGACGUCGUAAUAAUUAUGGUAAUAAUGGUAAUUGGUCAAAUAACAAUAACUAUCGCAAUAAUAACAACAACAACCAAAACGGCAGGAUUCAACGUUUCAAUAAUAAUUCUCGUAACAAUUUGAAUAGGCAAGUAUUAGGAGAAAAUUACCCACAGAAACCCACUUUAAUCACAUUAACCCAACUUUGUUAUCUUUUCAAUUCUUACCUUUUGGGUGUGAGUGAGAUUGGCAUAAGAAAUGACAUGAUGCCAGCAUUGGCUGGUAAGUUGCUAGACUUUAUAAACGGUGCCAGUCCAACAAUGCACAAACCAAUUUAUGACAUGAAAAUUCAAAAAGAAAUUCACGAAAUCCAGAAAAAACCUCUUCUAUAUAAAUGUCCUGGAGGAGAAGUUGUUAGUUCGGAUGGUGUUGGUAUUCCCGACUGUAAAAUACAACCUAAAGUAUCAGGUAUCUCACUUAACAAUAGAUUUGCUUAAUCUCGCGUGAUUCUCUGUUGGGAGUUCAUCUCGCGCUCGGUCAAAAUGAAAUUCAUUUAUUUUCUUUUUUUUUUCACUUCUCUCAAAUAUUUUAAGUUUCGGACUUACACGUAUUAAUACUUAUUCAUUUAAAAUACAAUUUAUUAUUCUGCAUAAUAUAUAUACUUUAAAAUAAAAGUACAUUUUUGUUAUAAUACACAAGUAUAA